CCGCCUUCCUUUCUGAAAAUAACCGCUGAGAACUGAAACAGGAAACUUUGAUCGCAGCUUCAACUCUAGUAGUUGGCCGAUGCGGGAUCUGACGCUCCGGCAGCGAAUUGGCUCCAGCAGAGCAAACCCAGCAGGAGGAAUCUAUAGACUUCAAUAAAAUAAAAAAUAAAAAUCAAGACAGAUGACAUCCUUUUACGACGAAAAGGACCUGGAGGAAGACCUGAGUCAAGCCAACUGUCCUGAUGAGGAUUUACAGUUUGAGUAUUUGUUUGAGUAUGAGCCGCCUUGCAGCGACUUUGCAGGAGGAGACCAAGAUGACCCUGGCCUUGCUUCUCACAAGGUGCUCAGUCCUGAAUCCAGGCCAGGUUUUCCUCUGGAUGAGCCGUACAGGAUCAAGUCGUGCAGCUCCCCUUACUCCGACUCAAAAGUUCUCUCUGGGUAUGAAAACCAGGAGGCCAGGAACUACCUGGAGAGCGCCCGGCCCCCGGGCGUCGCCCUGAGCCCCCGGAUUGAGAUCACCCCCUCCCGUGAGCACUACAGCCAUGGCCGGGACUCCCUGCCGAGCCAGCACCUGAACAUCAGCCCCCGGCCCACCCUCACUGUGCCCGGCCAUGAUAACCUGGCCUACCGGGAGCCCCAGUGCCUGAGUCCUGCCAGCAGCAAUUCCUCCACCAGCUGGCACUCUGAGAACUACUCCCCCUGGGCGUCUCCCUGCGUCUCCCCCAGCAGCGUCCCCAAUCCGGGCGAUCUCUGCCCCCGCAUGCAGAACAUCCACACCAGCUCCCCACGCACCUCCCCGGGUACCUCCCCUCACACCAACCUAGGAGAGGACGGCGGCCUGGGGGCGCGUUCUCCCUCCCCCCGGCCGCGCUCCGCCUCCCCACAGGGCAAGCGCACCUACGAAAUGUACCGGAAUCCGGGGCUGAUCCCCGGACAGAGGUCCCGCAGCCCGUCCCCCCACGGCAGGCAGGAGGAUCUCAACAUGGGAGCUCAUUUCGCGCAUGCUGGCGUCGUAGAAGGCGUGAACGGUUUUAACGGCAGCCAGCCAGGCCUGGUGCCCACCAAAAUAGUCAAAACGUCCAACCAAGUUUACACUCUGUACCCAGAGAACCAUGGGGACGGGAACUACUUAGUGCCCUGUGAUCAGGACAUUAAAUCUAAACCUGCGGGGGAACCUUUCUUUGUCAUCCCAUCAAUCUGGCCUAAGCCGCUGGUUCCCAGUAUCUGCAGCCUCCCGCUGGCGUCACUCCCACCGCUGGAAUGGCCGCUUCCCAGUCGCACCGAACAGUACGAGCUCCACAUUGAGGUCCAGCCCAAACCGCACCACAGGGCCCACUAUGAGACGGAGGGAAGCAGGGGUGCAGUCAAAGCACCCACAGGGGGGCACCCGGUGGUUCAGUUGCACGGCUACAGAGGGAAGGAUCCCCUCGGCCUGCAGAUUUUCAUCGGUACUGCGGACGAGCGCAUCCUGAAGCCUCACGCUUUUUAUCAAGUCCACCGAAUCACCGGCAAAACCGUCACCACCAACAGCUACGAGAAGAUCAUCCACGGCACAAAGGUGCUGGAGAUCCCGUUGGAGCCAAAGAACAACAUGAAAGCCAUAAUCGACUGCGCCGGCAUCCUGAAGCUCAGGAAUGCCGAUAUCGAGCUGAGGAAAGGCGAGACGGAUGUGGGUCGGAAAAACACCCGAGUUCGCCUGGUGUUUCGUGUUCACAUACCCCAACCUGGAGGUCAGCACGUCUCUCUGCAAGCAGCGUCGCAUCCCAUCGAGUGCUCUCAGCGCUCUGCGCAUGAACUUCCCAUGGUGGAGAAGCAGGACAUGGACAGCUGCUCCGUCCUGGGCGGCCAGCAGAUGAUCCUGACCGGGCAGAACUUCAGCUCCGACUCAAAGGUCGUCUUCCUGGAGAAGUCUCACGAUGGUCAGCAAAUCUGGGAGGCGGAAGCAACAGUGGACAAAGAUAAGAGCCAACCUAGCAUGCUGUUCGUGGAAGUACCGUCUUACCCAGACACAUCCGUGUGCCAUCCCGUCAAAGUGAACUUCUAUGUUAUUAACGGCAAACGGAAGCGCAGCCAGCCUCAGCAUUUCACCUUCACCCCUCUGACAUCUCCAGCCAUAAAGACGGAACCUCUCGACGAAUACGAAGUGCAGAAUAUGGGCUUCGGUAUUCCUCAGAUCUUAGGCCUAUCUCCUCACUCCUACUACCACAGCCCUCGCGGUGUCCUUCACUCAGACAACGGCCUAAUGUCCAGCAUGGCUUCAUGUCAGCGCUUCAGCUCCAGCGUGCCAAACCAAGACGGCCAUUUUCAGCAGCAGAGCCCGGCUAUCGUCUACUCUCGAGGCGGAAAGAGCCUCGGUAGCAGCCCGGGCACGUGGCACACCGGCGGGAUCGUUCCUGACCCCCACCGGUCCGUCUUGGUCCACACAGGCUCACCGGCUCAGUCCGUAGGUCCCAUCAGCACCGGUCAGCACCCUUCCAUUAUCCAGUUCUCUCCCACCAAUCACCACCUUCUCAGAGACGUGGAGACUCUCCCGCCUCCUCAGCCUGAGGGCCAGCAGAUCCUCUUCUGCGACGGCUACCCCCCACAGGCCGCCUCCCACUCCCCCGUACUCCCCCAGGCCCAGGCAGCCGUGACCCAACAGCAGCCGUGUCCCACCGUCAUCCAGCAGCAGCCGUUUGGGCAGAAGGAUUCCCAGAAAGUUCGUGCCUCGCCGGUGACGCAGCCGAUGGAGGCUCCGGGUGACACGCAAAGGAGGGUGACCAUCAAGGAGGAGAACUUGGACCAGGCCUACCUAGAUGACGGUGAGUUGAAUGAAAUCAUCAGAAAGGAUCUGACGGGGGUUCAGGCCAGAGGUCAGACAUAGACGACAGAGCGCAGCAGGAAGCAACAGCCUUUUCCCCUUCCUGUCCUGCCUGCAGACAGAUACGCAUCGAUGCAAUCAUCCCAUCUCCAGCAAGGUGGCGCUCCUUCCUACAAUCACAUCUUCUGGUCAUUGUUCUCCUCUAACACAGAGACUGAAACAUCAGCUCCUGGUUGCUGUUUGUGCUUUGAAUGAUUUCCUGCAAUAAACACUUUGUAAACAGAGGAGAUCAUUUUACCAAAACGACGUGCAAACCAGCAGGACGACUGAGAAACAGGGACAUGCACCUUAUUUUGAUGAAAACCUUUACAAGUUGAACCUCAGAAACCAUGAAAAAAAGGAGAAAGGGCUGGAAAAAAAAGGGAAAUCCUCACAUAAGUCCUUAAGAUCGCUUUAUCUGCUUCGUUCAUGCAAUAAACUCACACUUCCUGCCUUUUAUCUGGUUUGUAGCAUGCAGCUGGUUCCCAAAAAAAAUCUCUCGCAGGUUAAUGCUUUUACCACCAACGAAGCGCAAAUCUGUUUUCUUGUAUGCAUUUUUCUUGUGGCUUAUUAUAUAUUGAGGUCUUCUUGCACAAAAUGUAUACUUGUCAAUCUUUUUUGAAAACCGUCCAAAGCUUUCAUGGCAAUCAUCUCAUGAGUUCAGUUUUCUGCUAGAAGACAAACGCACACAGCCUUAGGCGUAAAUGAACUGUUGUGACACUGCCUAUUAUGCACUGUUUGGUUCAUGUUCUUACUUCAUUUAGUCUAACAGAGGGAAUGAACAUGUUGCACCUCGUUUUGAUGCUAUACACUGCAAAGAAAUAGCUAAAAAUAAGUAAAGAAUUCUUGAAAUAAAUGUGUUUCUCCUUAAUUUGAGCAGAAAUUAGCAUUUUAUCCUUAAAUUAGGAUGAUUAGAUAUCAUGCACUUGACAUAAGAUCAUUGUUUUUUUUUUUCAAAUU